AUGGCAUUCAAAUUCGUAGCUGUAUUCGCCCUCCUUGCCGUUGCCAAUGCCGGCUUCAUCUCUAGCCCUCAGGUGUAUCAUGCUGCCCCCGCUGCUGCUGCUGUUGUCAAGACCGUUGCUCCCGUCUUGACUAAGGCUGUCGAAGAAUACGAUCCUCAUCCCCAGUACAAAUUCGGCUAUGAUGUCCAAGAUUCCAUUUCCGGUGACUCCAAGACCCAGGUUGAGGAACGUGAUGGUGAUGUAGUGCGCGGUGAAUAUUCCUUGAACGAUUCUGAUGGUUUCAGACGUACCGUCCAGUAUACUGCCGAUCCCAUCAACGGUUUCAAUGCUGUUGUGCGUCGUGAACCUUUGGUUGCCAAAACCAUUGUCAAGGCUGUUGCCCCAGUAGCUCCAGCUUACUAUGCUCACCACCAUUAA